GAAAAGGGCAAAUCGGCCCUGUAUUCUAGUGGCUUCCGCGAUGCAAAAUCCUUUUGUCAUACCGAUUCUGUGACCUUAUCCCACUACCCAAGCACGAAGGAGAAGCUUACCACUGCCGGUAACUUGAAACGUCCCGUUGCGUCCUAUUUGUAUAUCACCAUCAUGUCCUCCUGGUAGAAUCACCAUCUUUAGACAAUCAGACCACCAUCGUAUCUUGUCCCUCUUUCAGCCUUUUGGAUUUCUAAUCCGUUAUCUCGGACGUAUUCCGCACUGGUAGCAAUGGCCACCGUUCAGACCCAACCACAGCCCUUGGGUAUCAGGACAACAUCGUGGCAGAGCAUCCGCGGGCUACUGAAGAAGGCUCGUCGCCAUCGGGCCAAACGUAGCAGCACUACGAUUACUGUCGGCGAAAAGAAAGACGUGCAGUAUGAUUCGGCCGUCGAGAUCGUAGAAAGCCCAAACAAGACCGAAUAUCCACAUCUCCAAUUCCACAAGGCAUUAGUCGUCGCGGAGAAGGGUCAAUAUGAAGUUCGACAUAGCCAUCCUGUCCCACACCUGGACGACGAUGAAGUGAUGAUCCGGAACCACUGUGUUGGCUUGAACCCAAUCGACUGGAAAUCCGUGGAUUACAACUUUUGCCUCCCUAAGUUCCCAUGGGUAACCGGCCGCGAGAUGUCUGGUGUAGUACACAAGGUCGGGAAGAACGUCAAGAAUCUGAGUGCAGGAGACAGAGUCUGGACAAGCACAUAUUACCGUGACGUCCGAGCUGGUUGCUUUCAAGAGCUUGUAGUAGUGCCCGAGCACACAGUGCUCCCAAUUCCCGCCAAUCUCGACUUCGAAUCUGCGGCGUGUCUGGGCGUGGCUGCACUCACCGCUGGAAUGGCCCUAUGGAAGUGGUUGGGAGUGCCGUUGCCAGAAACCACCGGAGCACUAAAAGAAAGCCAUGAAUCGGACUGGCUUCUGAUUUGGGGAGGCUCCACUGUAACAGGCCAAUUUGCAACCCAGUACGCUAUCGCGAGUGGACUGAACGUGAUCACCGUAACCUCUGAGCGAACGAAGAACCUAUCGCAGAGGCUUGGAGCAACACAUGUCGUAUCCAGAGACGGCAAGAGUGACGACGAGAUCGUGUCGGAGAUCAAAGCUGUUACCGGCGGAAAGGUUACACGAGCGAUUGACUUAGUGGGCCCGAAGACUGCGACACUGGUUCUGCAAUGUGUUUCGGAAACCUUUGCCGUCGAGUUUGCCCCCUUGGCGAUGAUGUCGUCGAAGCAGGUCGUCCCUGAGAAUGUAACAGCACACACGGUGGAAAUGAAGCAAUUCGUGCUCGACAGGUCAAAUACGUUCUACGCAGAGGAGCUGAAUCGUAUGCUCCAAUCUGGAGAGCUGAAGCUGCCAGAAAUCCACGUCAUGGAUGGCGGUUUGGAGGUGGUGGUGAGCGGAUUGGACAUGCUGAAGAAAGGGGAUAUGGGGGGGAAGAAAAUGGUUGUGCGUAUGCAAUAAAGGGCUAACAAAACUGCAUGGAUAGGCGUUUAGCAUUUGAAAAAGGCGUUGGGGUACUGGAGGUAUAUAGACUUGGCAUAGAUUAGAACCGGCUGCGACCAUAUCAGAUACGAUACAAUGCGACCU